UACCUGCUCCAACAUACUUUCUGAUAGUUUCAUAAUAACCUGGCCAAAGUCUUGUAGGAAUUUCUAACAUGGAUUUUUAUGAAGUCGAUCGUCAAUAGCACUGUAAUUAGCAGCUUUUGACUUUAAUAGUAAUUCUUCAAGACAAUGCCUAAGCUGGGAUAUUGGUUUUACCAGACCUUACUGCCAACUUUUUUUCAAUCCUAUUUAGAAAUUUUAUCAUAUUUUUAUUGUCAGGAAAUGCGUUUUUUCAAGAAUUUUAUAUCAUUUGUGAGUGCCUUGUAUGCACAUUGUGUUGUUGUGAAUGUGGUUUUGCACACAAUUUCAAAUCGUAAAAUGUAACUUCAUGCUGAACGGGAGGGGUUGCAUGCCAG